AGAGAGAGAGAGAGAGAGAGAGAGAGAGAGAGAGAGAGAGAGAGAGAGAGAGAUCAGUUCUGGCUUGACCCAGGUGCAGUGAGGAUGGCCGACGUAACGAUAUUCGUCAAAGGCGAUCUUCCGAUAAGCCCCGCCCACAAGAUGACGUCACUCACCACGCGGCCGCCUGGGUUCGUGGAGUGUUACGUUUGCCAAAGAGAAUUCGGCUCCCGUUCCAUUGAGAUCCACGAGCCGCAGUGCCUCGAGAAGUGGAAAAAACGCAACGAAAAGCUCCCCAAGAGCCGGCGGGAGCGAACUCCCUCGCCACCGCCGGGCCACCCGCUGCGAGGGGCACAAGUGGAGCGGGCCAUGUCUCCCACGGUUGCGUAUCCCAACACCGAUGACCCCGACGAAUUGAGCACCUCUUGGUCCCACCCGAAGAACCCGGCUUCCCACCGCCCGGAUGGUCGUCCGAGAUCCGCUUCCUUUACUGAAGGUGCCAAGAAGAACCGCCCUAGCACGGCCACUCUCGUCAAGCCAAAGGUCCUGGACAUGAGCCUCAGAGACCGGGUGGACAUGAGCGUCUUGACGCGUGACAUGCUGGACCAGGUUCUGGUUACCGGCGAGAACCCACCUCCGGCAGGUUCCAGCAGCGACUACUCCAGCGACUUCACCUCGUCGUCUACGCCUUCCUCCCUCGAGAGCAAGAGUCCCUUCGAGGACGAUGCCACCUCAGGGGGACUCCGAGUCGAGAACCGGAGGAUGAUAACCCGUCCGUCGACGAUGCGGCUUCCACGGCCGUCCAGACACAUCGCAGUGCCAGUGAUUACCUCACAGAAUUCCUUCCGCCCUUCCAAGAAGACUUCUUCCCUUAGAAGCUUCAUUCCGAGGGGACGACGGAGGCCGCUAGAAGAAGUUUUCACGGGGCCUAAGCAUAAGAUUAAGAUCCCAGAACCCUGCCAAACGUGUGGGAAGGAGCAGAACCCCGAGCGUUUCCACAGCCACCCUCUCCACAUCCAGAAGUUCAAGCCCAAGACGGAGGACAAGAAGUCGAAGCAGAGCAAGCUCAUCGUCACGAAGCCCACGGCUCUCAAGUACAAGAGCAAGAGCCUCGACGACGACAAGAAGAACCUCAAGAAGAAGAACCGGUCGAAGACCAACCACCACGAGUCGAACAACAAGUCGAAGAGCGUCGAAGAACCCCCGAAAGUCGACGACAACGCGAAGGUCGAGGAUCCGGCGGGACUCAGGAAAUUCAUCCUCAAACAAAAGGCUUCCAUAUCUAAAGGAGACAAAAACUUCAAUGUGGAGAUAUUCGAGAGCGACUCUGUGCUCACGCCACGGGGGAACGCCACGGAGAAUAGCAGCCCGCCAUCUAACGGGAAGAACGGCAAAGAGAACAGACAAGCCAACGCGAAGGAAGACUCCAGCAGGGUUCCACUCCAUCCUCGAAUUACGAAGAAGCUCGAGGAGAACAGUGACCGUCGAUCUAAUCCAGGUAAUAAUAAUGAUAACAACAACAAGACGGCGGAUACCAAGAACAACGCCCCACGAACCGGCACGGCGGCGCCUACGUUAGUCUGCUAUAUUUGCGGGCGGGAAUUUGGCAGCAGGUCUUUGAAAAUACAUACACCACAGUGCCUUGAGAAGUGGAAGAGGGAGAACGAGCGCCUACCCCCCCAGCACCAGCGACCCGUACCUGAGCCCCCGGAUCAUCCGCUGACCCAGGAGGAGUGGAACCAGUACGCCUGGGAGUCCUCACAGGCGGCGCUGGUGCCGUGCGAGUGGUGCGGGCGUACCUUCUUCCCAGAGCGUCUCCAGGUGCACCAGAGGGGCUGCAAACCGCCGCCGGGAGCCCCAAGGAAAGCUCCUCGCCCUGCGACCCGUCCAGACUCGUCCAGCACCCUGAACACGUCCAUGAACGCCGGCGGCGCCCGGCCGACGGUAGUCUGCUACAUCUGCGGCAGGGAGUUCGGCACCAGGUCCAUCAGCAUCCACGAGCCCCAGUGCCUGAAGAAGUGGCACGCGGAGAACGCGAAGCUUCCUCCCAACCUCCAGAGGCCGGAGCCUGUUAAGCCGGAGACGCUUUACGACGAUGAUGGCAAGGUCAACCUGGAGGCCAUGGCGGAGGCAGCGUGGAAGUCCCACUUGGAGACUUUAGUCGCCUGUGAUAAAUGCGGUAGAACCUUCUUCCCAGACCGUCUCGUUGUUCACCAGAAGGCUUGUCUUCGGGAACAAUAGGAGACACAAUAAAAACAUACCCAAUGUACAGUUUAAGUUCUUUUUGUAGAUAAAGUAGGAGUUUUUUACAAGUACCAUUUCCAGGACGAAUGUAUAAAAGUAGGGAGACUUCGUGAGAACUAUUUUUUACGGGAGGAAGAGCGUGUGAAAAGAUAAUACGUUCGUUGUGUCAAUUGGACAAAGCGUACCUGUAAAUUAUUCGAUUUAGUGUAGAGAAUUUUGACGAAUGUAGAACAUGGAUUAUACGUAAAAAGUGACGAUACACUUUACAGAUUAUUUUGCAGUAUGCUACUUUGUUGCCAGUCAGCUACAAAUCUCACCACAGUACGUUAGACGUCAGGUUUAAAAACGAAAACGCAGUUCCAAGUCAGAGAUAUCCACAGUUGCAGUUAUAGAUGUUGGUGUCAGUUUACUCUGAAAUGUAAAUCUGCAUAUUAAUGUUUAAGUAAAUGACAUCUUUCCUUAUCAGAGGGAAAAAAAACUAUCCUUAUUUAAUUAAGAAAGACUUUUCAUGAAUAUGAUCAUUUCCUUGAUGACCUUGUUGAUUAUCGUUAAUUUCUUUUCACAUAAUAAAUGAUUAUCAUUUCGAUGGC